AUGAGCUGUCCCAUGGGCAAGAAGCGCUCCCUGGUCGCCUUCCUACAGCAGCUGCGCGACCUAGGGCAGCCCCCCAGACGCGUGACAUCCAAGGCGUGCGCUCCCCCUAUGCCAAGAGAGGUGCCCCUCUGCCCGCUGAUGGCCGGUGGCAAGACGCAGGACGCCCUCCCUGGACCCACCAACUGGCCACUGCUGGGCAGUCUGCUGGAGAUUCUUUGGAAAGGAGGCCUGAAGAAACAGCAUAACACUCUGGCAGAGUACCACCAGAAGUACGGCAAGAUUUUCCGGAUGAAGCUGGGUUCCUUCGACUCUGUGCACCUGGGCUCGCCGAGCCUGCUGGAGGCUCUAUACCGCACCGAGAGCACCUAUCCCCAGCGACUGGAGAUCAAACCCUGGAAAGCCUACCGGGAUUACCGCCACGAGGGCUACGGGCUGCUGAUCCUGGAAGGGGAGGACUGGCAGAGGGUCCGCGGUGCUUUUCAAAAGAAACUGAUGAAGCCGUUGGAGGUCAUGAAGUUGGACAAGAAAAUCAAUGAGGUCUUGGCUGAUUUUGUCGUGAGAAUAGGUGAGCUGAGAGAUGAAAGGGGCCGCAUUGAAGACUUGUACAGUGAACUGAACAAAUGGUCAUUUGAAAGCAUCUGCCUUGUAUUAUAUGAGAAAAGAUUCGGGCUCCUUCAGAAGAAUGCAGGGGAAGAAGCUUUGACCUUCAUCACAGCCAUCAAAACGGUAAUGUGCAGAUAUGGGAGACACUACGAAAUCAAGGGUUGCAUCGACAGCCGCUUAGAAAAAUAUUCUCAGCAGCCUGAUGCAGAUUUCCUUUGUGACAUUUACCGCCACAAGCAGCUUUCCAAGAAAGAACUGUACGCCGCUGUCACGGAGCUCCAGCUGGCUGCGGUGGAAACGACAGCAAACAGCUUAAUGUGGGUCCUCUACAAUCUAUCCCGCAAUCCUCAAGUGCAACAGAAACUCCUUCAGGAAAUACAGACUGUGUUGCCUGAGAACCAGGUGCCACGGGCAGAAGACUUAAGAAAUAUGCCCUAUUUAAAGGCCUGUCUGAAGGAAUCAAUGAGGCUUACCCCAAGUGUGCCGUUUACAACUCGGACUCUCGACAAGCCAACAGUUCUGGGUGAAUACACUUUGCCCAAAGGAACAGUAUUAAUGCUAAAUACCCAGGUGCUGGGUUCCAGUGAAGACAAUUUUGAAGACUGUAAUCAGUUUAGACCUGAACGUUGGCUUCAAAGGGAGAAAAAGAUCAACCCCUUUGCACACCUUCCCUUCGGCCUUGGGAAGAGAAUGUGUAUCGGACGUCGGCUGGCUGAGCUCCAGCUCCACUUGGCUCUUUGUUGGAUCAUUCGCAAAUAUAACAUUGUGGCUACCGACACUGAGUCUGUAGAGGUGCUGCAUCUGGGUAUCCUGGUGCCCAGCCGGGAGCUCCCCAUUGCGUUCUGCCCACGGUAGGAUGCUCAGGUAUUUUUUUCACCAAGAUCAAGAUGAGUGAUGUUUCCUUCCUUCAAGUACAGUGCUUAUGAUGUCUGUAUUCCUGGGAAGCAGACUUCAAGGAUCA